GGAGCAAAUCCUCUUAGGUGUGUGCUAACAGAGACUUUGCAGUCAAAACAGUGCCAUUUGACAGCGAACCUCUCUGGAGAAGGAGGUUCAGCUCAACAACCUCCACUUUCCAGCGACUCAGUUUUCUUUGAUUUUCUUGGGCGCAAAAAUGGCAAAGUCUGUCUUUUUAGUGGCGUCUCUGCUAGUUUUGGGGAAUAUUUCCUUGAUCCAGGCCUCAUUCCCCCCUACAAUCAUUGUAGAUAUGGCAAAAAUUAUCAUGGACAACUACUGCUCGCCAGAGAAGCUGGUGGGCAUGAAGGAGGCGAUCGCUGCGGCCGGUAGCAACACAGAAAUUCUCAAGAUUCCAGACGGCGAAUCCUUGGCCAAUGUCCUCAGCUCUGGAGUCCAGACCACGGUCAGCGACCCACGUCUGAAGGUCUCCUAUGAGCCCAAUUACGUUCCAGUGGUUCCCCCGCAGAUGCCUCCGCUGCCCCCCGAGCAGCUCAUCGCCGUACUCCAGACCUCCAUCAAGCUCGACAUCCUGGAGGGAAACAUCGGCUACCUGAGGAUCGAUCACAUUCUCGGUGAGGAGGUUGCUGACAAGAUCGGUGCCUUGCUCUUAGACCUCGUCUGGAAUAAAAUCCUGCCCACGUCUGCUCUGAUCUUCGACAUGCGCCACACGGGCAGCGGAGACGUCUCGGGGAUCCCCUACAUCGUGUCCUACUUCACGCAAGCCGAGCCUCUGAUUCACAUCGACAGCAUAUAUGACCGUCCCUCGAACACCACCACCAAGCUGUUCUCCAUGGCCACGCUGCUGGGGCAGAGAUACGGCACAACUAAACCACUCAUCAUCCUCACCAGCAAGAACACCAAGGGCAUCGCAGAAGACGUCGCCUACUGCCUCAGGAACCUGAAGCGGGCCACCAUCGUGGGUGAGAAGACCGCCGGCGGCUCGGUGAAGAUCGACAAAAUCAAAGUGGGCGACACCGACUUCUAUGUUACUGUGCCGGUCGCAAAGUCCGUCAACCCCAUCACCGGCUCCACCUGGGAGAUCACAGGCGUCACUCCAGAUGUGGAGGUCAAUGCAGAGGACGCCCUUGCAACCGCAAUCAAGAUCGUCGGCCUCCGCGCACAGGUCCCAGCCAUCCUCGAGGGGACGGCGACCCUGGUGGCUGACAACUACGCUUUUCAGAAUAUCGGCGCAGAUGUUGCUACGAAACUGAAAGAGCUCCUGGCGAACGGCGAGUACAGCAUGGUGGUCUCCAAGGACAACCUGGAGGCAAAACUGUCGUCUGACUUGAUGACCCUUUCUGGAGACAAGAGCCUCAAGACCACAAGCAACACCCCGGCUCUCCCACCGAUGAACUAUUCUCCAGAGAUGUACAUCGAGCUGAUUAAGGUCUCUUUCCACACCGACGUAUUUGAAAACAACAUUGGCUACCUGCGUUUUGACAUGUUCGGAGACUUCGAGGAGGUCAAGGCUAUUGCCCAGAUUAUUGUUGAGCACGUCUGGAACAAAGUUGUCAACACUGAUGCCAUGAUCAUCGACCUCAGGAACAACCUUGGUGGCCCAACAACCGCCAUCUCAGGCUUCUGCUCCUAUUUCUUCGAUGGGGACAAGCAGAUUGUUCUGGACAAGCUGUAUGACAGACCGUCUGGUACCACCACGGAGCUUCUGAGCCUGUCUGAGCUCACCGGAACAAGGUACGGCUCCAAGAAGAGCCUGAUCAUCCUGACCAGCAAAGCCACGGCCGGCGCCGCCGAGGAGUUCGUCUACAUCAUGAAGAAGCACGGCCGCGCCAUGAUCGUCGGCGAGACCACCGCCGGGACCUCCCACCCGCCCAAGACCUUCCGCAUCGGCGAGACCGACAUCUUCCUCAACAUCCCCACCGUCCACUCCGACACCAGCGCGGGGCCGGCCUGGGAGGGCGCCGGCGUCGCGCCGCACAUUCCCACUGCAGCCGAGGCCGCUCUGGAGACCGCCAAGGGGAUCCUCAACAAGCACUUUGCAGGCCAGAAGUGAACCCGGUCCCGAGCGAAGCCACUUUUACUUUGGCAGCCAAAUGGUUUCAAGAAUGUAGACUUAUCUGAGAACUGAACGCUGUAGAUUCAGAAAAGUGUAACGUAUUUUCCAUUCUGUUAAUACCUAAGCCUUCUUUGUCUCUUUGUAAGGUAGA